AUGGCGGCGGUUUACAAGACAGUUUCUAAGAAACAGGCCCGACAAGAGGCUCUGGACUCCGAUGACGAGAUGGAUGUUGAGAUGCAGGAGCUCUUAAACGAUGCGGACGACACCACCGACAGCGAAGAGGAGGAAGAACUUGAACAGGAGGAUCGUGUGGCUGCGGCCAAGAAGCUACUCGCUCAGGGUUUCAUGCCCAAAACACGUGUGCUCAUUCUGACCUCGCGAGGUGUAUCACACCGUCACCGACACCUUAUGGCAGACCUUUGCGCACUCCUUCCCCAUACUCACAAAGAGACAAAGCUUGAUACCAAGAAGAAGACUGCUGGAUAUAACCUCUUGCUGAACUCUCUCGCCGACCUGCACUCCUGCAACAUGAUUUUCUUCCUCGAGGCCCGUAAAAACGGACAAGAUCUCUACCUCUGGCUCUCACGCCCGCCCAACGGCCCUACUAUUAAGUUCCACCUUAAUAAUUUGCACACCAUGGCCGAGCUUGGCGCAGGCUUUGCGGGUAACUGCCUGAAGGGCGGCAGAGGAGUGGUAGUUUUCGAUAAGUCAUUCGAUGAGCAGGGCCCCGAUAUGAGUGCCCCCGGUACUGAAUACCGCGGUUUGAUCCGAGAGAUGCUCCGUGGUAUUUUCUGUGUUCCCAAGCGCGGUGUCAAGGGUAUGAAGCCUUUUGUCGACCGCGUUAUCGGUAUUUUCGGCGUUGAUGGAAAGAUCUGGAUUCGCGUCUACGAGAUUCGUGAGUCUGAGGCUGGAGGUAAGAAGGACGACACUGUCAAGCCAGUUCCUAAGAACAAAGACUCAGCUCUGCCCGAGGUGUCCCUGGUCGAGAUCGGCCCCCGCUUCGUUCUUACUCCCAUUGUUAUCCUUGAGGGCAGUUUCGGUGGCCCCGUGAUCUACGAGAACAAGGAAUAUGUUAGCCCUAACCAGGUCCGUCGUGAGGUCCGCAUGGGCAAGGCUGGCCGUUACUCUGCUCGUCGGGACGUGCAGACAGACCGUGAGGCCAAGCGGACGCAGUUGGGUCUUUCUGAUAACUCCUCGCGGAAACCGGAUGCUUUGGAAACUCGAAAACUAUUCGCAUAG